CAAAAAUAUAUUCUGGCAACACUGAUUCUAAUCGACCUUCUCGCUUCUCGUCAAACUCGUCAUAACAAAAUGAAAUGGCAUGACUGUACAAUUACACACUGACAUUUGUUUGACGUCUAAAAAAUUGGUUUAGUGGUUGGUUAUUUGGUACCCGUUUUAACUAAAUUGAAAGGGUUUUGUACAAAUAUUAAUUAAAAUCAAUUAUAUUAUAGUAAAACUAUCAAUCAUGAGCGAAUUGACCCAAGAAGAGAUAAGAAGAAGGCGAUUAGCAAGACUAACAGCAAGAGAGUCCACAUCUCCUUCAACCUCCUUAUCACCCCCCAUAACCCCCACCUCCCAAUCUCCAAUAAAUUCUCCUUUAAUCCAAAUUUCCGAAAAUUUUCGAUCUAAUGUUAAUCCCUUAGAAAAACCGAAACAGACACCUCUUGAUACUGAUUCAAAAACUGCAGAUUUAGAGAAAAAAACUGGAGAUGUGUUUAAGGAACCUUCUAAACCCAUAGACAUUAACAUGCCUUCGAGUUCAAAAGGUAGAUCAAGGGCUCCUCCACAAAGAAGUGAUUCUGAAACAAGUUCUAUCCAUAUGGAAGUGGACGACAAUAUUUCUGGAGCUGACAAAAUUAGUGCCAAUACUGACAUUGAUUCGGGCUUUGAAAAUAUGGAAGUUGAUGAUUUGGAUAUUCUAAAGAAAGAUGUGCAAAGGAAACAAAUAAGUUCAACCGAAAUCAGUUUGCAACAGCUCCAAUCUUCAGUAGCACGUGUUUUACAUGUCACAUUCAAAGAAUCAUUAGAUGCUGGCUUGUAUUUAUCAGAAACUGCCAAAUUGCUUCAAGAAACCCCCUCAAUACCUAUACGUGAUCUCACUUCAAAUGCUAUUAUGGAAAUAAUGUUUAAAUUUGUGAAAGGAGAAAAUCCUUUUAAGAAUGUGCCUCAACCUAUAUCUGACAUGUGCGAAUCUGCUAGUAUAGAAUCGAGUCCAUCUAAUUUGAGUCCAUCGUCUAGUCCUACUACGGGAGGUUGUCCUAUACCACUUUUAACGAUUAAGAGUAAUAAUAACAACAAUAUGGAUGAAAAUAUCAGUACCUUAGCAAUGAAUUUCUUAAUGGAUUCAUACAAUAGGGUUAGUGUUGAAGAAAGAAACAAUCCGAAGAAAUCGAGUGUUCCUCCAAUGAGUGAAGUGUUGACUGAAUUGAGGGCUCAGAUUAUACAUUACACUACUGUUGUAGUUCAAGGUUCUAUUAUAAAUCAAGAUAAUAAAAUGAAUUCACCACUUUUGCAUCCAGUUCUGCAACAAUCGAUUCCCAGAGGCUUUCUGACUGAACUAAUAAGUAGAAUACAUACAAACGAAAACCUAUUUUCUAAAGUUUUCAGUCCCAUUCUGCAGGGAUUAUUCAAAAUGAUGCAGCAAGCUAGUAUAGUUGGCGAUGAACAUCGCAUACCGAUUCAAACAUUGUUUGAAUUGACGGACGUCAGAUGCGGACCCAGGCCGAUUUGUUCGCUUCUCAUAAAGCAACUCCAAUUCAUACCUGCGGUUUGCACUCCAGCGGCGGGACGAGAAAUUGUGAGAUGUUCGUUUCUAGGACCUUUUUUGAAUAUUUCCGUGUUCGCUGAAGACGAACCGAAAGUGGCGGAAAAGUUCUUUUCUGGCAAUGCUUUGAGCGAUAAAAGUUUAAUACAGGUGUUGCAAUCUGAAUUGGAAAAUACGAGAGGAUUGCAACACAGAAUUUUUCAUUAUUUAAUGGCUAAUCAAGACAGUAGAGAUCCUUGUCUGAAUUAUAUUGCAGAGGUUCUAAAAUACAACGAAAAGAGAUCGCAAUUGCAAACUGAAGAAAGAGCUCUAGCUGGAGAUGGAUUUAUGUUAAAUCUAUUGAGCGUUUUGCAAUUCCUCUCGGUUAAAAUUAAGUUAAAUAAAGUGGAUUUCAUGUAUCCUUUCCAUCCCGAAACACUUGUAAAUAUAACGAAUGAUACAAGGCUCAAGUUCACGUCCCAAGAAGUAGCAGAUUGGAUCAAAGAAUUUGGAAAUGCCCAUGAACACCAACCCCCGAACUUCUCAACGAUAUGCUGGUUUUUAACAUUACACUGCCAUCACUUGUCACUUUUACCCGCGCUACAGAAGUACCAAAGAAGAUUGAGGGCUAUCAAAGACCUUCAGAAAUUGCUUGACGAGACUGCAGCAGCUGAAGUACAGUGGCGCAAUACCCCAUUCGCCAGCAGAAAUAAACAGUUCAUUAAGAGAUGGAAACAACAAUUGAAAAAACUGAAUAAAUCAAAGAUUUGUGCUGAUGCAGGUAUUCUCGACAAGAAUCUUAUACGGAGAUCACUCAGUUUUUAUACAACAGUUUCCGAAUUUCUUCUUAGCCUAAUGACAAACACUCCUCCAGGCAGGGAUAUACCCGAUCUACCUCUAAUGGGAGUAUCUCCCACAUUUUUCUCGAUGCCAGAGUGGUAUAUGGAAGACAUUGCCGAAUUUUUAUUAUUUGCAUUGCAAUAUUUCCCAAACGUAAUUGCUGACAAUAUGGAAGACAUCAUGAUAACGUGGCUAUUAGUGACUGUCUGUUCCUCCAGUAUGAUAAAAAAUCCUUACUUAGUGGCCAAACUAGUCGAAGUAAUUUUCGUCAUUCUUCCUACCAUACAACCACGAUGUGAAGUGUUGUAUUCCCGUUUAAUGAAUCACACCAUCUCCCAAACUAUUCUGCCUAGUUCACUAAUGAAAUUCUACACUGAUGUCGAAACAACAGGGUCUAGUUCCGAGUUUUACGAUAAGUUUUCUAUACGCUAUCACAUUAGUUUGAUACUAAAAAAAAUGUGGUCUUCUCCCGUCCAUCGCCAGAGCUUAAUAAACGAAUCUCGAAGUGGACUCCAAUUCGUCAAAUUCGUAAAUAUGUUAAUGAAUGACACAACUUUCCUUCUUGACGAAUCUCUCGAAUCGUUGAAGAGAAUCCACGAGGUCCAAGAACUCAUUAGCGACGAGGAAAAAUGGGCCAGUUUACCUUCCGAUCAGCAGCAAAGCAGAAUGCGGCAGUUGAACUCCGACGAAAGACAAUGUCGGUCGUAUUUAACUUUAGCUAGAGAAACAGUUGACAUGUUUCAUUACCUGACAGUAGAUAUAAAAGAACCUUUCUUGAAACCAGAGUUAGUAGAUAGGUUAGCCUCGAUGUUGAACUUCAACCUGCAGCAGCUAUGUGGUAGAAAAUGUAAAGAUCUGAAAGUUAGAAAUCCUGACAAAUACGGUUGGGAACCCAGAAGAUUACUUAGUCAAUUAGUGGAUAUUUAUUUACAUUUAGAUUGUGAUAAGUUCGCCGAUGCUCUCGCUGGUGAUGAGAGGUCAUUCAAGAAGAAUCUAUUUGAAGAUGCCGCAGCUCGUCUCGAACGUAUUUCUAUAAAAACCCCUGUACAAAUUGAACAAUUUAGAGCGCUGGCGACAAAAGCUUGUAAAAAAUUAGAACACAACCAAAAAUCUGACGACUGGUUAGCAGACGCCCCUGACGAAUUUAAGGAUCCCCUAAUGGAUACUUUAAUGUCUGAUCCAGUGCUCCUUCCUAGCGGUCAGAUAAUGGAUAGAUCUGUCAUACUGAGGCAUUUAUUAAAUAGUAAUACAGAUCCAUUUAAUAGACAAGUAUUGACUGAGGAAAUGUUAGUUCCAGCUGAUGAUUUAAAAGAGAGGAUACGUGUUUGGAAAACGGAGAAGGCAUCAAAAUCAAACUAAGUUUAUGUUAUAGUUAAUGAACUGUAUUUACAAGGUUUGUUUAAAUCCUAUAUUUAAUUGUGAUAAUUGUGUAAUAUAUUUCAUUUUGUACUUUUUCUACAAUUAAUGAAUUAAGAAUUUUUAUUUAUAUAUUGUUCAUUUUAUAGUGGUUUAAGCCCAUAAAAAUACAAAUAUAGUCAAAAUAAUUUGUCGUUUCAUUAUUAUAAUUACCUGACUUUUAAGAAACUAAAAUCUAUUUGUAAUGUUAAUCUAUUUUUCAUUAAAGAAAGGAUAAAUGUAAAGAAAGAUGUCAUAUUUAAAAGAGCUAGA